AUGCAGAGUCAUUUGAAGCCAACUCAUCCGACAUCGGAUCUGCCUAAAGCGGCCACACACAGGGGGCAGAUUUUUGUCCGGGUCGCCCUGCAUUGCCAAGCGCCCAGGUCAAACCGCGACGACAUCCUCUCCCAACGUCAUGCGGGGAAAGAGCAUUCCCAAAACUUCUCCAGCAAGAAAGAUGGUGCCCUCAAGGCUGCAAUUAUGCCCUCCACGAAUCCUACUUAUAACAUCGCCUCCAUCCCCGGCGACGGCAUUGGUCCUGAAGUCAUCAGUGCUGCCAUCACGGUCCUCCAAAAGCUCGCCUCCACCCUAGGAACCUUCGCGUUCCGGUUCGAUCAUUUACCCUGGAGCAGUGAACAAUACAAAGCGCAUGGCCGCUACAUUCCGGACGGUGGGUUGGAAGAGCUAAGGAAGUACGAUGCCAUCUUGUUCGGCUCUGUAGGAGAUCCUGAUGUACCAGAUCACAUCUCGCUCACCGGCCUCCGCCUAACCGUUAUUCGUCACCUUCACCACUACGCCAACCUCCGACCCACCCGCCUCCUGCGCGGUUGCUCCUCUCCUCUCGCUGCACUCUCCGCCAACCCUUCCCUUCUAGAUUGGGUCAUAGUCCGCGAAAAUAGCGAGGGAGAGUAUUCAGGUCAAGGCGGACGCACACACGUGGGUACACCAUGGGAAGUAGCUACCGAAGUAGCGAUCUUCACCCGACAUGGCGUGGAGAGGAUAAUGAGGUUUGCUUUUGAGACGGCGCGGGAGCGGGGAAGGAAGAAGGGAAAGCGGGGUAAACUGUGUGUGGUGACCAAGUCGAAUGCUCAAAUCCAUGGUCUCGUUCUUUGGGAUGAAGUCGCCGCUGUGGUUUCCAAAGACUUCCCAGACGUGGAAUGGGAGAAAAUGCUCGUCGAUGCCAUGACCGUCCGUAUGACUCUACAUCCGGAGACCUUGGAUACAAUGGUCGCCACGAAUCUUCAUGCAGACAUCCUGAGCGAUCUGGCGGCUGCUCUAGCCGGUAGUAUCGGCAUAGCGCCAACGAGCAAUCUCGAUCCCACAAGAGCGAAUCCAAGUAUGUUUGAGCCUAUCCACGGGAGUGCGUUCGAAAUAGUUGGCAAGGGUGUUGCGAAUCCAAUUGGAGCGAUUUGGACCGCGGCCGAAAUGUUGAGAUGGUUGGGGGAAGAGGAAGCUGCUGAUGUGUUGAUGAAGAGUAUGGAGAACGUAAUCGAGAAAGGGUGUAGGACAGUGGAUCUUGGGGGCGAUGCGAGGACCGAGGACGUUACAAGCGAAAUCUGUAGGGAUAUUGAAAGUGGCCUAGGCCAGGAUGUGAAGUUCUCUGAAUGA